AAUUUUAAUAAGUUUAAAAUCGUCAGCUGUUUGACAACGCUGCAUGCGCGCGCAGUAAACUCAUAAUAUAUAUACCACAAUAUAUAUCAUAUAUAUACUCUUAUAUGUUUAUUACGAAGAAUAGGUUAAGUUUUUCCUCAAAGAAUAUUUAUUCCUAGCAAUAAUAACGUAUCGAAAAAAGAAAUCGAUAACUAAAUAAGUAUCUGCUUGAACGAUGUCUGAGUCAGAUUUACUGAACACUGAUCAAAUUGAUUGUCUUGACGACUUUGAAAACGGAGAUUCUCGUCAAGACGAAGAGUCAAUGCUGCAGUCAGAUGAUCCAAAAGAGGAAGUAACUGAGACAAAUAAUGAUCCUGAAUUAGAAGCUAUUAAGGCACGAGUACGUGAAAUGGAAGAAGAAGCUGAAAAAUUAAAACAACUGCAGUCUGAAGUUGACAAACAAAUGAACAUGGGUACUUUGCCAGGUGUUAUAUCACUAAAUACCUCAAUGGAGGAUAAAAUAGAGAUAGACAACAGAUCAAUUUACGUUGGUAACGUAGACUACGGAGCAACUGCCGAAGAGCUGGAGCAACAUUUCCACGGAUGCGGCAGCGUCAACAAGGUCACUAUUCAGUGCAACAAAUUUGAUGGUCAUCCAAAGGGAUUUGCUUACAUCGAGUUUGCAGAGCGCGACGCCGUCGAGACGGCCAUGGCUCUAGACGAGUCUCUCUUCAGAGGCCGUCAGAUAAAGGUCAUGCCCAAGAGAACAAACAAACCGGGGAUCUCGACGACCAACAGAGGACCCAGAGGCGCUCGAGGAUAUCGCGGAGCCGCUCGAGGACUAAGUCGCGGUAGCGCUUACUUCAGGUCGAGACCUAUGCGGCGUCCAACCAGUUAUAGACGUGGUUACUACAUGCCCUACUAAUUAUUCACUUAAUUAGACGUUCGAGGAAUAAGUUAUCAGUGAAGGAUGGGAUGGAAAUAUAACAUUAAUGUGACCAAUAUUAUUAAAUAAUUUACUUGCAGUAAAAACCAUUUAAUAUUAUCGAAAUUUUUUCAAAUAAUUGACUUAGAGUUACAGAUCCUAUACAGUUUGUAAAAAAUUUUCAACGACAUUGUGUGGCUCAAUAAUGUAAAAUGAUUGUCAUCUUUUUUUUUUU